UGUGACUGCUUUUCUCGGGUUGUGAAAAAAACUGAAGCGCAGGUUGUUUGUGGUCAUGCCGGCUGUGUCCAUCGAUUUUUCAGUUUGAUGUGGUUCCGCUUUCACCUACACAAGUGCCUCCUGUUUCCAGUCAACUACAAGACGGAUCCCCACGACUGGAUGGCUCACUGACAUUGUUCGAUAGACUCAAUUUCUUCUGGUCUUUACAUCUGCCAUGCCACUGCCAGAUGGCCACUCCAUCAACACAGCCGCUUCAGAAGACCGCGAGGACAGCGAGCCGCUCAUCCAGAGUGAUGCAGUUCCUCCCCAGUGCUGCUCGGCUCGCCUCAACCUGGCUGUCCUCAUGUUCUUCGGCUUCUCGGUGGUCUACGGUCUCCGUGUCAACCUCAGCGUUGCCAUGGUUGCCAUGGUGAACUCCACAGACCCCGAACCAUCCAAAAACAGCUCCAUCAUCCACGCCUGUCCGCCGCCGUCGGGAGCAGAUAACGCCAGUGAUGUUUUACAGCAGCCAGAUGGGAUCCCGCAGUACCCCUGGGACUCUGAAACUCAGGGCUGGCUCCUGGGGGCCUUCUUCUUCGGCUACCUGUGCACGCAGAUCCCGGGCGGAUACCUGGCAGGUCAUUAUGGAGGAAGCCUCUUUCUUGGCCUGGGCGUGCUGGGCACGGCGGGCCUCACACUGCUCACCCCCCUGGCUGCUUCCUGGGGAUCCUACUGGCUGUUUGCUCUGCGGGCGUUGGAGGGCUUUGGAGAGGGCGUGACAUUUCCUGCUAUGAUGGCCAUGUGGGCGCGAUGGGCUCCUCCUCUGGAGCGGUCCCGCCUCAUGACCCUUUCAGGAUCCGGGGCCAGCUUCGGCGCCUUUCUGGCCCUGCCGCUCACCGGGUACAUCUGCGAGAUGCUGGGUUGGCCCGCCGUCUUCUACCUCUGUGGUGGUGCUGGUUGCCUCUGGGCUGUGUUCUGGUUUAUUCUGGUCUCGGAUGAUCCUCGUAAGCAUCGUCGAAUCAGCAAAGAGGAGAGAGACUACAUCAUAAAGUCACUGGGACCACAGGGCACAGGUCACGGCUGGUCCCUGCCGCUGCUGUCCAUGCUGCUGUCUGUCCCUCUGUGGGCCAUCAUCAUCACACAGAUGUGCUCCAACUGGGCGUACUACACGCUGCUCACCUCCCUGCCCACAUACAUGGACAACAUCCUGCACUUUGACCUGAAGUCGAACGGGUUCCUGUCCGCUCUGCCGUACCUGGGCGCCUGGCUGUUCUCCAUCGCGUCGGGCGUCGUGGCCGACAGUCUCAUCGAGAGGAAGUUCCUCAGCGUCACUGUAGUCCGCAAACUCUUCACAGUCACCGGUCUGCUGCUGCCUGCCGCCUUUCUGGUAGCUGUGAGUUGUGCCGGCUGCAAUCACAUCCUCACCGUCACCUUCCUCACGCUCUCCACCACUUCAGGAGGGAUGAGUGCCUCGGGAGUCUUCAUCAAUCAGAUAGACAUCGCUCCUCGAUAUGCAGGGUUCCUGCUGGGCAUUACCAACACUUUUGGGACCAUUCCAGGCGUCGUGGCUCCGAUCGCCACCGGGUACUUUACCAAAGAUCACACCCUGGCGGGCUGGAAGAAGGUCUUCUGGGUCGCUGCUGGGAUCAACGCGGGCGGAGCACUCUUCUACACAAUAUUCGGCAGCGGCGAGGUCCAACCAUGGGCUGCCACAGAGGAAGAGAGAGCAGAAACAGACAGGACGAGGAGCAGGUCUAUCCCACAAGAAAUCAGAACAUAAAUACAGCGGUACAUAGGACAAUACAGCGUUACAUAGGACAGGCAAUAUGAAUGAACAAUAGGUUUGAACAACACAGGCAUGGAGGAAUGUUUAUUAACUUAAUUUCAGGGAAUUCAGCCUCUGUAAAUCAAUGUGUUUGUCACAGGCAAACAUGCAGUUUUCAGACAACAGGAGCCAAGAACAGCACUUUGACAUCACUGUACCUGGACUAUUGAUUAUUGUUUUCUAACGAAAACUCAGCAAUAUUUUUAUCUUUGAUUCUAAAUACUUAAGACAAACUAUCUCCAUGAGCAGCAUUUUUUUUCUACUUGUAAUGAUAAGUGUGAAAAGACGUGCAAUUAUAAAGACCAAACAUUUUCAUAUAAAACUGAGGACUAGUUUAUCAUCUCGUUCACAUCAAAACCAGCAAUAUUAAUACUUGUCACUUUCUAUGAUAGUUUGAGCAAAGCGGUAUCUACUUCUUUUUUUAAUGUGUGUCUCUAUAGUCACCACUGUACUUACUUUUUAUGAUGUGUCAGUGGUCCACUCCUUUAAACUUAAAUUCCUGUGUUUUUUUUAUAGCAAGGAAUUUAAAACUAACAUUUUAGAGUCUCGUUUUAUGCAUGUAAACAACUGUUAGCAUGCUGCUGCUGUUUUUUGAGUUGUUUCUGUUGUUUGAAAGACUCAAACUUAACAUUUCAGCCUUAAAACACUGUGUAAUGACAGUGCACGCAACAAAAAUGUUACUUUCUCAUAUGUUCUGCCUCACAUUUGGUGCUGCACUCACUUUUUUUUUUACAGUAGUUUUUUUUUGUUUGUUUUUUUAUAGAGUUGUUACAUGAUCAGGAUUCACACUGCCUUUAAAAAUAAGGAAAUAUAUUUGCUGUUGUUAAAAAGAAUGGGUGACAUUUGUAGUGUUUUGUACUUGUUUGGCACCAAAAGUGAGACCAAAAUAAAUCUAAGUUGUUUAUUUUUUUUGAAUGUUUAGUUUCUUUCAACAUUUUAUUGCAAGCGAGUGCAUGGUGUGUUUGUUUUUUUAAUGUUUUAAAGCUUCUGUAGAUAGAGCCACUUUACACAGCAGGAGUGGUCUUCGGCUAUUGUUUUUCACAGCGACAUGUUUCCUGACCACUUCUGCAGACUGUCCCGUUGGACCAAGAGCAGCACUUUUUACCAUCAAAAAUCUAACAAAGGCCUUACAUCUAAUACCGGUGCUGAAAACAUUUUCUAGCUAUGGGCACCCCCAGUUCAGGGGUGUCAGACGUUUUUGUUUAGAGCCUAUUUACAAGACAACCUGUUAAAACAGCUUAAAUGACUUCUUCAGAUUUUCUCUUAGGUUUGAAGAAGUACAAAUACACAAUAAAAAUGUUGACAUUUGAGUGAACAAUUAAUUAUAAAGGGCGGCUGUGGUUCAGUGGGGAGACUGGUCGUCCCUCCAUCAGGAGGUUGUGAGUUUGAUUCCCGUCUCCCCCUGUCUGCAUGUCGAAGGGUCCUGAACCCUAAAUUGCCCUCAGUGUUGUAUGUCGCUUUGGACAAAAGCGUCUUGUAGUAUAAAACCAUAACGAUUUAAAAGUUUUAAAUUAAAGUAAGUGUAAUUUCGACAGUAUGCAAUUUUGACAGUGCCUCCUGAUGCAAAGUCAUCCUCACAGUGACUUGAAUAAGAUAAUAAUGGGGUAGCUUUAGCUUUACUGCUGCUCACUCAAUGUUCUUGUCAUAAUUGUUGCUACUAUGCUGCAAUAGACCCCCCCCCCCCCCCCCCCUGCAGGCCAGUAUUAACUUCAGAGCUGUAUGUUUGAUCCCCUGGUUCUAGCACAGGGGUUUUUACAUGUGUUAAAGAGCACCUUCCACUUUCAGCAGCUCAACAUUAACACUCCAGUUACUCUGCAUAAAUUAUGGAUGUUGAUUCACUAUUCAAUCCAACAUCAUAAUCUUGUUAUAAACUUCUUCUAUAUUCUCAUUUGUAUUAAAUGUCUCUUCAUCUCUGUCAACUUGUAUCAUUCU